AUGAGUACUACGUCUAACUCAAAACAAGAAUAUGUAUUCUUUUGGACAAAAAAUUUUAUUCUAUUUUUAUCCGGUGGUGUUGCUCUAUUUGCUUGUGUGACAUUAUUCGCAGUGGUUUAUUGGUGUGCAAAACAACGUAAACCAAUAGCCAAAGGAGGAUCAUCAAAAAAAUCAUUCAAGCAAAUACCGACGACGCCGGUGCCAUCAUCAGUAAAUAAUAAUGGUGGCAAUAAUAUAUCAACAAGACCAAAAGAAAUUACAUUAUAUCCGAUUCUACCUAAACUUGGACAAGGCACUUUUGUUCAACCGUUUACAGAUAAUAGUUCAUCAGCAUCUUCAAAUAUGGCUAAAAAAUCUCGAAAGAAAAAUUUACUUGAAAGUCCUCCUGAUGAAUACCUAUUAACAGCAACAAGGCGGCUGACAAUUGAUGAACUUCAUAAACAUGCACAAGAUGCCAGAUUACUUUAUCAUGAAUUUUGGACAAUACCAACAAAUCAUUUAGAAAAAUUACGUAUUUAUGGAGCUGGUAUGAAAAAUAGAUACGGAACAAUUAUUCCAAAUGAACAUUCACGUGUCAAAUUACCUGAACUACCUGGUGAUACCGUUUCCUCUUAUAUCAAUGCCAAUUACAUUCAUGGAUAUGAUAAUGAACAACGAGCAUUUAUUGCAACACAAGGUCCAAUGUCUAAUACAAUAAUUGAUUUUUGGAGGAUGAUUUGGCAAGAGAAUGUCCCCGUGAUUGUAAUGAUUACAAAACUAUUUGAGAAGAACAAGUCAAAAUGUGAACGAUAUCUACCUGAUGAUCGAGCUAUUACUUACGGCCCGUUUCACAUCAAAGUUUUAUCAGUGUCAUAUAAGACAGAUUUUGAAAUACGGCGAUUAUGUAUAGAAUUCGAAAAUCAGACACGUGAAGUUGAACAUUUAUGGUUUUCUGGAUGGCCUGAUCAUAGUACUCCCGAUUUACCCGAUUCAUUAAUUGAUCUUGUUAAAAUUGUUGAUACUAGUCGUCUUGAUCCAGAAACGUUGAAAGUAAAAGGUCCCGUUGUUGUUCACUGCAGUGCGGGAAUUGGUCGUACUGGAUGUUUUAUUGCACUUGCUAAUGGCAUGAAACAAUUGGAUAGAGAGAACGUUGUUGACGUUGUUAGAAUAUUAUGUCAAUUAAGGAGGGAUCGUGGCGGGAUGGUACAGACUAAUGAACAAUAUCAAUUUUUAUAUCAGGCACUUAGUGAGUAUGCUAGGACGUUUAAAAAUUUUUGA